ACGGGGCACUCCAAGGCCUUCUCCCCACAUUCAUCGCAUCGUGCAUUCAUGACCGUCUUUUCUGAGGCUCAACUUUCCCCCGCACAAUUUACCUCUGUAUACAUGUGCGCUCUUUGUGUGUUGCUCAAUAUGCGAGCAGUGUAACGAGAGCUAAAAAAAUAACUAGUGAUUCACUAAUUAUUAACGUGACACACGCUGUGUUUCUUGAUCGUAAGACAUCGUAAUUGAAUCAGACAAAAGCAGGUAUGUUUCAAUUGUAACGAGUCCGCUAGUCGAUCGUGGAUCAUUUCGUUCUCGAUCGUUUCUCGUUUUGCGUUAGAUGAUUUUCAGUAAUGGGUUGCAAUAAGAUGAGGGUAACAUUCGUUACACGUCUAUAAUUUCUGUUCACUUCAGAAUCGUUACAGUACCCUUUAUUUCUCAUAUUCAAAUCUUCAGUCGAUUCUAUUUAAAUUUGAUACCAAUGAAUUAGUCAUUUCGAUAUGAAUUGAGUGGCGAGGACAGAGACUAGGUACAUUCUGAUAUCACUUACCUCCUUCGAUCCGGAAUAAGAACGGCUGCAGAGGAUGAAGCAUUCGCUACUGUCGGGUAAUCUAGCUCCACAGAUUAGCAUUAUACCAGAUAGUAAUAUCUUUUAUAUCCUACACAUAGAGUCGGAAAUAUUGAUUCUGUCGCGUUUUUUCGUGACUCAUUCAACAUGGAAGAAGAUCUAUUGAAGUAUUGAGUAUUUGAAACCUCGAUUAAAAUUCGUUGCGUAAUACCGAACAGUUGUCUUGAAAGAUGUUUGGUGUUGCUGGUAAUAUACCAGAAGUCCACGUCAUGUCUGAAAAUUGGUAUCUGCACACGCGAAAAAGCUCAGUAAUCCAUUAUUCUGCGUGUACGACUGCUACGGUGUGACGUAAUUACUGGAAUUGAAUCUAAUUGAAAUCAAGUUGUACGGGAAUGAAAUCAGAUUAUACAGUGAGUCCAUUGUGUACAAUUAACACUACGCUAUAAUAUCAGCACGUUGAUAAUAUUCAUGAUAGAGUUAAUUAUUUAUAUUUGAGAAUUAGAAGGUGUUUUCAUCUGAUAUGUUUAGAAUCGAGACAGUCGAUAAAUCGUUAUGAAAUGCACGUGUAAUUCUUUGGUUUCGUUAAUGAUUCAGUUUAUUUAUCCAGCUGAUUAAGAAUGACUGCGAGUUUAGAACAUACUGAAGAGACCAGUGUUAGCUAAAAUAACAUACGACGUAAAUACAUGUACUAAACGUGUAUAAUGUAUGUUCUUAAUUAGUCACGUUACAAUUCUCAUUUUCUCCGAAAGGUCAUUUCUCAGAAUGUGGACAUAAUUGAAGCCUUCUGACAAAACUUCACCUGAAUUAGCUUGUUAUCACCAAUUUGCUGAUGGUCUUCGAUACGACUUGCAGUUUCAUACCAGAAUUACUCAAUUACCAAUUGUAAUUGGAUUUCAAGUUGAUAAUUUGUGAAAUACUGAUUGUGCCCCUAGAAUUUUCAUAAGAGAUUUUUGUUCUCAACCAACCACAUCACCCGGGUAGAAUUUUUUUUAUGACCAGCCAACUUGUCUCUGUAUUAUCAUGGCUCUCGUAUCACCAAUCUAUAUUCAACGUCAAACUCAAUUAAUAAUCUAGUCGUAUAACUGGUAACGAAUAUCAAAUACAUCAAAAUAUUACGGUCUACAUCGAGUUACGCUACUUGGCGUUGCUAGUAAUUAAAAAGUUAAAGUGGACAGCAUUAUAAUAAGAUGAAUGGUUUCACACAGCGUGGAAAUUCUGAAAGAAGAACUUUGUCAAAAGGAAGCCGAAAUAAUACACGAUUUUUCACAUAUAUUUCUGUAGUAAUAUUAUAUCUUUUAUUUGUAAAAUUUUCUGUCCAGUUUAAUGUCAAUCAAUUUCCCUUAUACCAAAGUAUGACUGGCCGUUUAUUAAUGUUCACCAAUGAACCGUGUACCAAAGCUCUAUGUUCCAUUUCUGCUAUGUACCUUAAAAGAAUUACGUACAACUGACACGAGUCUGUAGUCUAUAUGUAGAGUAGAUAGAAUCUCCAAAUUUACAUAGUGCCCACUUGACCACCACCGGACAGUGUCAUACGGUUUUUACGCAGCCACAGCUGCUACCAUCAAAUGUACCAUCGACCAUCAGUUCAGCUUUUUCACUGUAGCUACGGUUUCAAAUCUACAUCUUAUCGUUAGGUACGUACAUUGAUAAUAAUAAGCAAAGCAUUUGCACGCUCUAUGUCACCUUGGAGCGAGCUACUUUGAUAAGCUUAAUUUUUUUUUUUUCUAGUAAGAAAAAACCAGCUGUUCAACUAUUUAUCAUGUAAAAACGCGACGACCGUCAGAGCUGCUUCUGAGAAGUGGUUGCUUAGUUUAAACAGGUGUAGCCUGGUUCAUGUCCAGCAUUUCAGGUUUCCACGAGUAUGCAUGAUAUUUUAGAAAACCAAAUGUCACACACGUGCUUCAAACUUUGCAAUAUGGUCCUUUCCGGCUUUUUUAAGUGCGUACAUAUUUUUAUAUAUCUCGGAGGGCAUGUUUAUAUUAAUGUCCAAAACGUACUGUACUUGUAAUGAUUCCAUUACGCCGUGUGUUUCAUUGGAAUAAGUCACUAGUAACUGAUUCUGAUACAAGCAGAGAACAUUUGUUUCAGAAAAAAUGAUUCCUUGACCGUCGACUGGUUUGCAAUUUCAGAAUAAGUUUUUUCACUUUUAAAGGACAUAUCUGAGCAUGGUUGACCACAGGUGACCUCUUCGCAGUGGUCGCGGUUUUGGAAAAUAGUUAGUAAUUACAUUUCAGUGGAUAAUUUUUCUCCAAUAAAGUAUGAUAAAUAAUUUCGGGAUGAGGAUCUACUCGCGUGACUGAGGAUAUUUUAGGAACGAUAAAGAUAGAAGCUGUUCCUUGACGAAGGAAGUUAUAAGGGGUUUGAAUGCUAUUCUACGUAAAUUGUAUUAUUUGGCACAAAAAAUGAUAUUUUCGUUUUGAUCUUUUGCCCUAGUAAAGGAAUACAAUAAUUUAGGGCGAUGUCUCAAAUAUUACCAGUAGAAUACAUUUUCGAUGCAUGUAAUCUUAUGCUCAAUCCGUGCGAAGUGACUGACAAUGAAUAUCAAGAAAGAUGUGUAAUUAUGCAUAAUAUGUUUGCAGAGCUGAACAAUGACAAAACGCAAUAUAUUAUUGUUAAAUAGGGUUAGUUUUUUUUACUCUUAUAUUGUAAGCUCUUUACACUUAUGCCAUAGCAAUAACCAAACAUUUGCUCGCGAAGCAGCUUCAAAUUGCAACAAAUUUCUACCACAGAGUUUUGAGGGUUGCUGAUUUCAAACAUAAAAUUUAAAUCUAAACGCUGAAAAUGGAGGCCUGACUUUGUUAAAGUCCCUUUGAAUUUCAUAUAAAAAUGUGUAACUCGAGAAUCGGAGUUGUUAAUUCACAAUUUUAAAUUCGAAUCCCAAAGAUGGAAGGUGAUUUUGUGGUAUCUACCAUUUCGUAUCCCGUAGCUGUAGUCUAAUUCUCUGAACUUCAUCGUCGUAGAUCUAAAACAUUAUUGGUAGAAUGAGUGAAUGAGUUUAGCUACCAAUUCUGUGGCUUCAGUCCUUGUACCGAAAUGAAACAUUUUUCCUUCCACAAACGAUUAGAAACGGCCGAAACAAGGCAAGCGUGUUUUGGAUUUCUUCAAAAACAAUCUAAGGAAGCAAUGGAAGGUGAUCUGGCCAAUAUUGACAAAGAAUGUCUGCCAGUUUGGGUCCUCCAUUUCGAAUUUCCGGAUUUCGAUUUUGGAAUCUGGAUCAGCGACUCCUCAAAGCCUAACGUAAGAAUUAUCAUGAAAGUCGAACCGAUUUUUCAACGAGGGUGAUCCGCUAUUUUGGAUUGACCGUGUUGAAUUCUGAAAUUUUGACAUCGGAUUCGAAAUCAGUGACGUAUCCUCGCAGGAAGAAUACAGCAGCUCAGGGAUGAGUUUAACCAGGGACAGCAAGUCAACAUACAGUUCGUCAAGCAGUGCAUCGUCCUCUAGAAACCCGGGAUCCUCCUGGUCUUACAAAGUACACACUGACUCUGAAAAUCCUGGAGUGGUUAGCUACUCCUACAUCGAUUCCACUGGAAAAUCGAUCUUCGGUACCGCGUCAACGGAGGAUUUUCAGAAUGACAAUCCUCUCAAAGAGCAGCAGGAGGCAUUCGGCGCUCGAUCCAAGGGCCCCUUUCAACCGUCCUUCAAUCAGAAUAAUCGCAUGCGAUAUGGAAUUCCGGCUUAUGUCAACUUUCCAAACAAUUUUGGAUCUGGAAUUAACAACGUUUUCCCCAAUGUCUACGGAUCCAAUUUCAAUCACCUAAGUUCUGCUGGUAAUACUGUCCAGGAUAGCACCAGUGAAAGUCCAGGAAUCAAUUCGGCUUCACCCGGCGCCAAAUCCAAAUUCUCUCAAACAGCCUCCGGGUCAAAAAACAGCAACAGUUACUCAACCUUCUCCAAUUCCAAAUCGAUAUCGGGAAUUGGUCCCGAUGGCAAGCCCUACAGUCGUAAAAUCAAUGUCAAAGAAAUAAAUGAUAACGGAAAGGUGACUAUCGAGAGGGUCGAAGAAUAAUUUGACCGAAUGCGGAUACGUCGAUGUUAAUAUUACGUCAGUUUAUCCUAGUAUUAUUCAUUGAAGUCAUCUGCGCGUUUCGCACGAUCAAUAAUUCCGUUCUCACUAACGUCCUGAAAUCUUGUUUACUGUUAAAUUGUUCGAAUUUCCGUCCAAUGUUUCCGCACCGAUGAACCAUUUAAUAUGGUUCUUCAUAAUGCAUCAAUCCUACGUUGUAAGCAAAAUUGAGCGGCGUGAAAUUCUAACGAUGAAACAGAUCAGAUUUAUGUACCUCAGCAUGUAGAAUUAGGUCGUAAUCUGUUGUGCGUAUGCAUAUUAUUCAAUUUAUUAUUAAGAAAUAUUGAAAUUAGCUUCCAAUGUUCGAAGAUGGAAACGUCGAAAUCGUAAAUUCAUGAUUGUCUUUCUGUGCCGAGUGCCGCGACUUUCGUAUGAAGAAUUCUGUACGAUGAACAUAUUGUUAUUAGUUUUCUUAUUCUAACGAGAAUUUUUAUACUUUCCCAUGUAAUGCAAUCAUUUAUAAGUCUGAUUAACAAGUGUCUUUGCCUGAAACAUAAAAUCGGAAGUUUCUUCCGUCGAUUUUGUUCCUAUCACGUCAUGUUCCAGCUGUUUUCACAGAAUAUGCGUUCAUCCAUUUCAUUACUGUUCUUCAUCGCUAUACACGUGAGCGAUUUGUGAAUUCGUUAUUUGGUAUACAUAAUGCACGCAGUAUAAGAUGCGUCAGAGUGGUAGCUAGUGAUUUGCUAUUGCCCAAUGCAAUUUCACGUACGCCAAUAUGCUCGGCCAGGCAUCGUGAUGGAAUCGGACGAAGAACGUGUAUGAGAAUCACUUAAAAUUAGAACAAGUUCGUAGGUCGAUCUCGGAUCGUUUUGUUUUGAAUAAAGAUUGGGUUCAGUUGGAUAUCACUCACCGAAUUCGUACAUUUGAGGAAAUAUGAUCGAUUAUCGAGUUACCAUUUGAUUCGGAAUAAGAACUGCGGAAAAUGAAGCAUCGGAAGUGUCAAAUAGUGCCACUGCUCACCACUCAGAUCAACAAGACAAACACGAAAUAAUCGCUUUAAUAUUCUGCAUAUCAUAGAAUUGAAGACAUUAUUUAUGUCCCAGCUCUUCCAUAACUAAUCCAAAACCAGACGAAAAUUUUGCGUCAUCAAUGAUUUAAAUUCCGUGAAUAUGAAAUCUCACUUCCAAAUUCAUCAGCCAACGAAUAACAAUAAGUCAGGUACACAGGACCGGGAGUGGAAUAUGGUUCGGAUUUUGGAAGAUUUGGUAAGUCAAUCAGGUUUUUAUUUAAUAUCAUGUCUUAUUGAUUACCGUUAUUACUACCAUGCAGGUAUUACACCUACGUCAAGAAUGAAUAAAAUGAAGAAUGAGUAAGUCAUUUAAUGAAAUGCGUAAAAUAGACACUUCUGAUCACUUGGGAAAGUCUUCGUCAAUCCCGUUCGUUGCUGAGUUUCGUUUUACUGAGGGGUGGUUCGAUUUUAUCGUCAAUAAUUCCCCAAUUUCCGGUCUCCGUCCACCCACGAGGGCCUUGCCAAGAUCCGCGAGACUCUUUGAAACCUCGGUCCAAAUUUCUCCCGUAAUACCAAACGGGUCU